CACCAAAUUGCAAUUCAUCCUCUUUCUCACUUCUCACUUACACAACACGGCGAGUUUUUUUUUAUUGUUGCAAAAAUAUAAUAAGUUUGCCAAAAAUUUCAAAAACUAAGUAGUAAAAGUUAAGUUAAUCAGCUCCUUAUCUUAAUUACGACGAGGGUGGGAUAAGGGGAAAAUAUUGAAAAGUGUCGAAGGAUCGGAAAAUAUAAACGUUUCAACAGUUUUUAAAAGUUUUAAAUUUCAAGAAACAGGAUGACAUCCGUUCUUACGUCGGCAGCCGGCAUCAUCGCCCUGCUCGACGAGCAACAACACGAGCUCAAGUCCUACGCCUUGAAGAAAUUGGACCAGGUCGUCAACGAAUUCUGGCCCGAGAUUGCCGAUUACAUUACGAAAAUCGAGAUUUUGCAAGAAGCAGAGUCUCCCCUGCCUCAACGCGACCGUCAACUCGCGUCCCUCAUCCUGUCUAAGGUCUACUAUCACCUCGGCUCUUUUGGAGAAGCGCUCGAGUUUGCCCUUGCAGCCGGCCCGCUUUUCGACCUAUCUCAACGGAACGAGUACAUUGAAACCAUCCUAGCAAAAUGUCUUGACCGCUAUAUUCACCUCCGCCUCGACAAAACGACCGAAAACAGUAUCGACCCUCGUCUCGGGACCAUAGUUGACCGCAUGUUCGAACAGUGUUUCAAGGACAAGCAGUACAAACAAGCUCUCGGCGUGGCCCUCGAAACCAGACGGAUGGACAUGUUCGGCUCUGCCAUCAUGAAUUCGGGCAACGAGACGGAAAUGUUGGCAUACGCGUUUCGCGUUGCAAUGACCCUGAUUGGCGAGAGGGGUUGGAGGGACGAGAUUUUAAAGAGUUUGAUCGGGAUUUAUGCAGGAUUACCGAGUCCGGACUAUGUCUCGAUGUGUCAGUGUUUAAUCUACCUCGACAAUCCAGAAGAAGCGGCCCUCGUGAUUGAGAAACUAUCCUCUCGCGGUGCCGAGAGUCAACUGAUGGCUUACCAGAUUGGUUUCGACUUGUAUGAAAGCGCCACCCAGAAUUUUCUCGCGCGUGUGCUCGCUAUUUUGAAACGGAAUCAGGCCGCUUUCCUCCCUCAACCUGUUGCAGCCGUCGUGGCGACACCGGCGGCUCCAACUGAAGCUGAAGGGGCUGACCAACCCAUGCCACCAGCAGCAACGGACGACAUUUCUACUGCGGAGACACAGGUCAUCGCCCCGGAAGGGGAGGCUACUACAACUGCUACUCCAACGCCACCAGCAGUCGUCGCAGCUACGGCUGCGCCUCCAAAAGUCGCGGUAUCCGACGAAAUGAAGAAACAUUGGGAGCAGAUGAUCAAAAUUUUGGGGGGCGAGGUCACCAUCGCGUUGCAGUUGCAAUUCCUCGUCCGUUCAAACAAGUCGGACCUCAUGAUUCUCAAGCAGACGAAGGAUUCCGUCCGUGUCUCGAUCUGUCACACGGCCACCGUCAUUGCCAACUCCUUCAUGCACUCGGGCACCACGUCCGACCAAUUUCUCCGCGAGAAUCUCGACUGGUUGGCGAGGGCGACGAAUUGGGCGAAAUUUACUGCGACCGGAAGUCUGGGUGUGAUUCAUCGAGGACACGAGACCGAGGCGAGGAGUUUAAUGCAAUCGUACCUCCCGAGGGAUGGGGGCGCUGCGACGUCCGGAUAUUCGGAGGGAGGAGCGCUGUAUGCAUUGGGAAUUAUUCAUGCGAAUCAUGGUGGAGGCAUUAUUGAUUAUUUGUUGACACAGUUGAAGGACGCUCCGAACGAGAUGAUCCGUCACGGAGGGUGUCUCGGUCUUGGAUUGGCAGCGAUGGGGCUGGGAACAGUGCGUCAAGAUGUGUACGAGAUUCUGAAGAACAAUUUGUAUCAGGAUGACGCUGUGACGGGUGAAGCGGCCGGGAUCGCUAUGGGGUUGACGAUGCUGGGGUCGAUGAACGAGACGGCAGUGACGGAUAUGAUUGCCUACGCGAGAGAGACGCAGCAUGAGAAGAUUCUGAGAGGACUUGCGCUGGGUAUUUCGUUCCUCUGCUUUGGGAAGUUGGAGGGAGCCGAUGCUCUCAUCACGACCCUUCUUUCAGACAAGGAUUCCCUACUCCGACGUGCUGGUGUUUUCUGCGUGGCGAUGGCCUAUUGCGGGACUGCCGCCAACUCUGCGAUCCAGACGUUGUUGAAGGUAGCCGUUUCCGAUGUCAAUGACGACGUGCGACGCGCCGCCGUAAUUGGGCUGGGAUUCCUCCUCUUCCGAACGCCGGAGCAGUGUCCUUCCGUCGUCUCGCUGUUGACCGAGUCGUACAAUCCGCACGUCCGAUAUGGGGCCGCGAUGGCGAUCGGAAUCGCGUGUGCGGGGACGGGCAGCAAGGAUGCCAUCUCCCUGAUCGAGCCUCUAACACAGGACUCUGUGAAUUACGUGAGACAAGGCGCCCUGCUAGCAUCGGCCAUGGUCCUCAUCCAACAAACUGAAGUGACCUGCCCCAAAGUGAAGGAGUUCCGCGCUCUCUACACCAAAGUGCUGAAUGACAAGCAUGACGACGUAAUGGCGAAAUUUGGCGCAAUUCUGGCUCAAGGAAUCAUCGAUGGUGGCGGUAGGAACGUGACGGUCUCACUGAGUUCAAGGACGGGACACGUGUGGCUCCAGGGGGCCGUAGGCAUGCUUCUCUUCACGCACUACUGGUACUGGUUCCCCAUGUCCCUCUCACUCGGACUAGCCUUCGCGCCCACGUGCAUCGUCGCGGUCAAUAAGUCGCUCGAGAUGCCCGUCUUGGAGUACAAGUCGAACAUUAAGCCAUCCACCUUCGCGUACCCACCACCACUCGAGGUGGCCAAGAAGGAAGAAAAGGAGCGCGUCGCUACCGCAAUCCUCUCCGUGACGGCAAAGGCGAAACGACGCGAGGCGGAGAAAGAUUCUACCCCGGCAACAAAGCUGUCCACCUCGGCGAAAGAGGAACCCAUGGAAGUGGACGUCGCCCCGGUCGAAACAGCCAAAGAAAAAAAGAAGGAGGACAAGAAGGAAGGCGAGGACGUCGUCAAGACCGAAUCUGCUGAAAAAAUCGUGAUCGAAGUAAAAAAGGAGGAACCAACAUUUGAAUUGUUAAAGAAUCCGGCCAGAGUAAUGAAGCAGCAGUUGCGUUUCAUGGAAAUGACUGGGAAGCGAUUCAAAGCUAUUAAGGAUAUCACCUCUGGAGGAAUCAUUCUCGUGAAGGAUAGCAACCCAACCGACCCGGUGGAAUUGGUGCAACCUGUGGCAGCAUGUGGUCCGAAAAAGGAGGAGGAAGAGGACGAACCUUCGCCCCCGGAACCCUUCGAGUAUAACGAUAUCGAAGACUGAAGCUAUCCUCUUCAAACCAUGAAAUUUAAUGUAAAAAAUGAAAAAUUAUUGUGUAAUUAUUCGCCCAAUUUUCUAUCUACAAGAUGAUGAUUACUUGGAGGAAUAUUUAUGUUUACAAUUAGUAAUUAAUAACAAUAAUAAUAAUAAGCCACAAUUUCACUCCCACGAUCAUCAUGUCUUUAAUAAGUAAGUAAUUUUAUUAUUAUCAUUAAAAAUCAAAUUAAUUCAAUAAUUUGAUAAUAAAAAUUAAGUAUUUAUAAAAAUAAACCCCACAUAAAUAAAUGGAACAAUAAUACAUAAUAUUUAAGAACAAAUACAGGACACAACGAGUACAGAAAUUCACAUUUCACUUAUUUAAAAGUACAACAAUAAUGAGAAUCGCUGAUUUUUUUGAUUAUCGUGAC